AUGGACGACACCGGCAGCAACCCCCCCAUCGCCGGUCCCUUCCAGCCGGCCCACCCACCCACCCUCGACAACCCCGUCACCGAGGCGCCGGCUCCCCACACCAGCCCCGUCGCCGGCAAGACGGGCCCUGAUGCCGCCGCCCAGGGCAUGAGUGGCGGCGGAGCUAGGGGUAGUAUAUCGAGCGAAAGCAGCAAGUUGAUUGACGAAAGCACCAAGCUCUUUCCUAAUGUCGCGGGGGCUGCUUCUGAAGCGUUCAGGAGUGAGCGGAGCGCGAGUACGUCUUCGACUACCAGUGUGACGGGGAGUGAUCGGCCUAUGGGGAGUGCGAGUACGGUUACGGAGGUUCCGUAUGGUAGACGGCCGUCUCACGGACAUGGAGGACAUCAUGGACUCUUUGAGGGCUUGAUUGACCAGAAGAGAAGGAACGAUCCGGCUAGUGUUGCGAGACGCCAGAGUUUGAGUGAGCAGAGGCCGGUGCCGCAGGGGUUUAUUGCCAAGAUGUGGGAUAACUGGGUACGCGGUGCCCCCCCUGACAUCUAA